AUGCUACCAUACCUCUUCCCUGACCUUGCUGCCUUUCCCACAGUCGCCGACCUCAUUACGCACCUCCACACUAGUGACACUCCCUACCACGCUGCGCUUCCUGCCGAGUUCUGCGCCAAGAACCCCCCCGCCAUGUACAUCACUCUCUAUUAUAUAGUCACCCGCCUCCCUGACUCCCUUCGUGUAGUCAGGGACCACUUCCUCUCGGUCUGUCCCACCACUCUCACUGUUGACCUCCUAGAGAAGGCCCUCCUAGCUGCGGAGAAGAGCAUAGUCGCUGUAGAAGCCUCUCGUGGUGACCCUCGCACCCCCAUCUUUGAGGGGUGUUCCCCUUCCCCCCUUUUGCCCUCUGUCGCCUCUGCUGCUGCGGCCGACCUUGUUGGUCUUGAGUCGGUCGGUGCGGCGUCUGCCCCUAGCGGGAGACGCCACUCUGGCAAGGGCAAAGGGGGCAAGGGCGCGGGUGGAGCUAGCGGGGGUGGCGGAGGUGGCGGUGGAGGCGGCGGAGGGAGUGGGGGUGGUGGUGAGAGUGGUGGCGGGGGUAGAGGUGUCGGUGGCAGCAGUGGAGGCGGAGGCGGCGGAGGCGGUAGCGGUGGGAGCGGAGGCGGCGGUGGUGGCGGAGGUGGAGGAGGCGGUGGUGGAGGAGGUGGAGCUCGCGGGGUGGCGCUUCGCAGCGGAGCGGCUCCGGUGGUGGUCAGCGCCAGCAGCAGCAGCAGCAGCGUUCUCGGGACAUCCCCCCCCCCUCAGCAACUCCGUGAGUGGUACGCUGCGCGUCAGCGUGGUGGGGGUUUUGGUCCGUGCACCUACGUCCUCUGCACCGGCGACCGCGCGGGUGAGCAGUGUGGGGGUGCCCACUCCACCCAGCGCUGCUUUGGCCGCCUGACGGACGCUUGGCGUCACCAGUUCCCGGAGGCCGCUGAGAUCCCCCGCUGGGGAGAGCUGUCUAGGGCACGUGUAGCUAUCUUUGAUCUUGACUUUGAUGCUAUUCUUGCUGCCAUGUAUGCUGUGACUUAUAGUGACGAGGGUGACUGUUACCGGUGUUUCCCGCCCGAUCCGGGCAUUGAGACUGCUGCUCUAGGUAUUGGUGAGGCUGCUGCUCUAGGUGCUAGUGCGGCUGUUGCUCUAGGUGCUAGUGCGUCUGCGUCCUCAGGUACUGGUGAGUUUGCGCUCUCAGGUACCGCGUCGGCUUCGGCCUCCCUCACCUUCACACUUGACUCAGGGGCUUCUCGCUCCUUCUUUCGAGACCGCACCACACUCACGCCGCUUGGUCGGCCGGUUGCAGUCUCCCUGGCAGACCCCUCUGGGGGUCCUGUCCUCUCUCACUUCUCCACUGUCCUCCCGUGUCCGGCUGCCCCCUGUGGCACCUUGUCUGGUCUUUACCUCCCCUUGUUCUCUACGAACUUGGUGAGUGGUGCUGACCUGCAGGAUGCGGGGGUUCACCAGUUUACUCCUGCGAGUCAGCGGGUGACCCACUGCUCGGACGCUCGCACAGGCCGGCACCUGGCCACGUUUACGCGUCGGCCGGGGUCGAGCCUUUAUACCCUGACCACUGAGUCUCCUCCUGUCCCUGCGUCUGGUCAGGUAGCUGCGUCGGGUCAGGUGUUUGCUGUAGCGUCCAGGUCUGGUCCUGAGUCUGCCCCCUGCUCGUGUCGCCUCCUGUCUCACGAGACUCUCUUGUGGCACCACCGUCUUGGUCACCCCUCCCUGCCUCGUCUCCGAGGCAUGGCUUCCCGUGUCCUUGUCUCUGGUCUUCCCUGGUCACUCCCUCCCCUUCCUUCGGGGCCUGGUCCUUCCUGUGUCCCCUGUGUCGAGGGGCGGCUACGGGCUGCUCCUCACUCCUCUCCGUUUCCCUCGACAAAGGCCUCGCUGCAGACGCUUCACAUGGACGUGUGGGGCCCGGCCCGCGUCCGUGGACAGGGUCACGAGCGCUACUUUCUGCUGGUGGUUGACGACUACUCGCGUUACACCACAGUCCUCCCCUUGCGCAGCAAGGGCGAUGUCACUGAGGUGUUGAUCGACUGGAUCCGCGCAGCUUGUCUCCAGCUCAUGAGGAGCUUCGGCUCGGACUUUCCUGUUCUGCGUCUGCACUCUGACAGAGGCGGAGAGUUCUCCUCUGGUCUUCUGCGAGCCUACUGCCGUGCGCGAGGCAUCCGCGAGACCUUUACGCUUCUGGACUCUCCACAGCAAAAUGGGAUUGCUGAGCGCCGCAUUGGCAUGGUCAUGGACGUCGCUCGUACGUCCAUGAUGCAUGCGGCUGCCCCCCAUUUUCUGUGGCCGGUUCGGUACGCGGCGCAUCAGAUCAACCUUCAUCCCAGGGUCUCCAGGCCGGAGACCUCCCCAGCUGUGCUGUGGACGGGGAAGGUAGGCGAUGCGUCUGCGUUCCGCGUCUGGGGAUCUCGGGCAAUUGUCCGCGACCUGUCUACGGACAAGUUGUCCCCUCGUGCUGCUCCUUGUGUCUUCCUUGGCUUCCCCCCUGACGCGCGAGGGUGGCAGUUCUACCACCCCACCUCUCGUCGUGUUCUGUCCUCUCAGGACGUCACAUUUGACGAGUCGGUCCCCUAUUACCGCCUCUUCCCCUACCGCACUCCUUCCCUCCCCCCGCCACCGCUCUUCCUUGUGCCAGGUCCCCCCCCAGUAGACCCCCUCCCCCCUCAGGGUCCUGCCCUUUCAGGUGUGUCCCAGGUAGACGCGGUCGAGCCGGUCGAGGUUACUGGUGACUCUGGUGCUGCUGUGGGUGCUGAGCCUGGGGGUGCUGACUCUAGGGGUGCUGCGCGGGUGGGUACUACGCCUAGGGGUGCUGGGCCUUCGGGUGGUACUGCUGGGGCGGCUGAGCUUGGGGGUGCUACGCCUGGGGGUGCUGAGCCUGGGGGUGCUACGCCUGGGGGUGCUGAGCCUAGGGGUGCUACGCCUGGGGGUACUGAGCCUGGAGGUCCUACAUCUGGAGGUGCUGAGCUUGGGGGUGCCACGUCUGGAGCUGCUGAGCCUGGGGGAGCUGCGUGA